ACGCGGAUGUCUACGCUUCGUUCGUGACGCCAACGCCAAGUGUUGGCAGCUUGCGCGCGUCGACGUUCGUGAGCGACGCCAACCGCACCGACGGCAUCGACGCCAUCACGCUCUGUGGCUCCCUUGGCGUCUUUCCCCGGGGCAUCAACGACACGUUUCACUUUUGCCGCCAGCCCAACACGCAGUUUGUCCAAGGUGCCCCGGGGUACCUCUACAUUGGCGUGUUUGGGUUCGCCGCUUCGCGCUUUACGAUUGCCGUCAAGCUCAACAAGUGCUCGAGCGAGAGCUGCUCCAACCACGGCACCUGCGGCAAGGUACCAGGAUCCUCGACGCCCGUCGGUGUUGUCUCGAAAGGGCUGCGCAGCACAACCGACUGCUUUGGCAACGGCGUCUGUACGGUCAAGACCAACGCGGAUGGCGUCGACCAGCCGACCUGUGUCUGUGACCCAGCAUACCACUACGACCGCCCGAACGACGCACAGAGUCUCUGCAAGGUCCCGAUUCCGUCCAUCUCGUACGUCGAGCACUACAACAGCUCGUUCGUGGUCUAUGCGCAGUCGUUGGACGAGCAGGUGGAUAUUGGGCAAUGGGCUCUCUAUACGAUCAACGUGCAGCCCAGCUGGACUUAUGUCCACGUCCAGCUCGACGCGGCCUCGGUCACCAGCGACGCACUGGUGCUGGUACGAAAAAACACGCUGCCGUCGCUGGACGUGACGCACCCGUACCCGGUCCAAGCGGCCGAUGCCGCCGCGUGGGCAUCGCAAGCCGGCACCCAGCGCAUCUUGCUGACGCGCGCGGCGUCGACACUCAGCGAUGGCCUUCUCUAUAUCGGUGUCUACAACACCCUCUAUGCACGGAGCUCGCUGGCCUUUUCGCUCAACGUCCAAGCCAAUAGCAGCUGCGUGAACGCAUCGCGCGUGUGCCCCGCGGCGACGUCGACGUGCUCACCUGCCCUCGAUGGUCUCUGUGCGUGUGCGACGGGCUACGGCGGAGCGUUUUGCGACCGCGGACCCAUAGCCCACCGUCGAGUGUGGCACAACGCGUCCGCGAUCAAUAUCUCAAUCCAACUCCACCCUGGGCAGUGGACGUACCUCACACUGGAUGUCCCUGAUCCCGACGUGGCGUUCAUCAAGGUGCAGCUGGGCAACAUUGACGCUGCGAUGCCGCUUCUGCUCGUGCGCGGACCUCUUGAAACGGGUUUACCAGCGCUGGACCUCGGCGCUUCCUUUGAUUUCGACGGUAUGGCCGCUGGCGCCACGUCGCAGACGGUCGUGGUGCCUGUCUCGACGGCGUGCAGCGGGCCCACGUGCUACAAGAUCGCCGUCUACAACAAGCGGUUCGCGGCCGAUAUCCUCCACGCUCAGCUCUCGGUGCAGCCUUUGGCAGCCCUCUCCGAGGUGUACCCGUCACCGACUUGUGGCGGCAACGGCGAUGUGACCAUUUGCGGUGGUCGGGGGACCUGCCUCGACAGCAAGGACGGUCCGAGCUGCAGCUGCAAGAACGGCUGGCACGGACUCACGUGCGAAAGCCCGAAUCCCAUGGAUAUGGGCGCGCUGUGGUAUGCAUCCGAGAACGCGUCGUUGCUCUGCAGCGUGUGUACGUCAACAUUUUCCCUGCCCAACGAUGGCGGCGCUCUCUUUACGCUGCCGCAGUCGAUGCAGCCCAACACGGGCAUUCAGCUGCGCGUGACCAACCUCGAUGGCGUCUCCCCCAGCGUCUAUGUGGCCGAG